UCAGCAGCUGCUGCACUCCGGACCGGGAAUGAAAACACGUUUCCACGGCAACGCGUCACAAAUUCCAAACAGAGUUAUAGCUUCACAUACACAGCAGGUUGUUCCUCCAAUUCCAAAAUGAAUUCAGAAAAAUCCACAGCUGUCAUGAGAAACGAGCUGCAAUCUACACAAUCUGGUCAACAUGGCACAGAGGGCCACAUCUCCCAGAUCCCCGGACUGUCCCCAUUCACCAGCAGUCUUCCUGAGACAAGGGUCCGAGGGAGGAGGGCAGGAGUCUUUGACAGUGAUUCUGACUACAUCAAGCUUGCAAAACAAGGAGGGCAUAGAGGACUUUUGUGGCAUGAGAACACAAUUAGUUCUACGACCAAAUCAUACAAUCCUCCAGACUGGUUCACUUCAUCCGGAGACAGUAGUAACCAAAGUCUAAUUAACGGUGCAGAGAAGAAAAACCCUGGAGCUUUUCAACCGCUAGAGCCCCCCUUUGGGACUGACAAUAUGUCAGCCUGGGAGAGGGAUGAUAACAGCAGCAAAGAGAAGAACAACAAUGUUCUCGACAGCCAGAUGGAGGAAUCCACUCACCAUCACUCACUCAACGUCCCCCAUCAGACCAGCAAAUUCAAGAGGAUGGUUUUCGACAAGAAACCAUCUCCUGUCAGUAUGUCUAAGCUGCUGAGCUUUGGUUAUUUAGAAGACAAACCAGCCACCACUGAUUUUUCAAAUUAGAUGACUGCCAGUGCGUGGGAAAAGGAUGUUCAUGCUCAAACAGUUGCAGCCUCCUUCCAACCUAUUCUCUUAACAACACAGAGUUGUACUCAAUGCUGAGCCACAUCGAGUUCUUAUUGUUCUAUUAUGUCAGCGGUUUGACUUAAGUGUGAAAGUUCUUUAUUGAAUUAAAGCUGAAACUUUUUAUUUAUUUACAAGUAACGAAGGCAUCUUAUGUUACCUUUUUUUUUGCAGUGUAUGUAACUCUUUAAA